GGUUCAACGCGGGGAGUGGAGCGGAGAAGCUGGAAGGGGUUGUGCUUGGGCAAAGGGAGGGCGAGGAGGCGGAGCUAAGCAGUGAACGGUGUGAGUUAAGGAGAGGAGGAGGCCGCCUCGAGCAGCUGCCUGGGCCACACAAAAUGGCGGAGGGCGACAAUAGGAGCACCAACCAGCUGGCUGCAGAGACAGCUGGCUUGGAAGAACAGUUGCAAGGAUGGGGUGAAGUGAUUCUAGUGACCGACAAAAUCCUUCGCUGGGAAAAACCAUGGUUUCCACCUGCUAUGAUUGCUGUAGUUUCCUUCAUUUUUCUGAUGAUCUACUACUUGGACCCAUCUGUUCUUUCAGGUGUUUCUUGUUUUGUUAUGUUGCUUUGCUUGGCUGACUACCUAGUACCUGCUCUUGCUCCUAGAAUUUUUGGCUCUAGUAAAUGGACUACUGAACAACAGCAACGAUUCCAUGAAAUCUGUAGCAACCUGGUGAAAACACGGCGCAGGAUUGUUGGUUGGUGGAAACGCCUUUUCACAUUUAAGGAGGAAAAGCCCAAAAUGUAUUUCAUGACAACGCUCUGUUCGUUAGCUGUGAUUGCUUGGAUAGGACAGCAAGUUCAUAACCUCUUCCUCACCUACAUUAUUGUGAGCUGCUUCUUGUUGUUUCCUGGAUUAAACAAACAUGGCAUAAUUUCAAAAUAUGCUGGAAUGGCAAAAAGGGAGGUCAACAAACUCCUCAAGCAAAAGGAGAAGAAAAAUGAAUGAAGCUUUGCUUGAUAAUUUACUCUAUAGUAUAAUUGUGUUCUGGGAACAAUUCAGUGAAUUGUUGUGUGUUUAAUAGUAUAGAAGUGCUUAUUUCAGUCAUCGCUUUUUAAUUUUAAAUAGGGGCCCUUCUUAUACUAUUUAAAUAGGAACUGUAUGGUCCCUCAGUCACACACAUACAGUCUGCUAACAGUCAUUCUUACAGUAACUGUGACUAGCAACUUCAGUAAUAAGAUUGAUCAGUAACAACUGGUGGUGGUAGAUUAUAAUUGUGUAAAGAUGUCUUGUUACUUUUUUGGGUGGAAAGCACCAGUUAACAUUCUCCAUUCCUACUGAGCAUUUUGAGGGCUCUCUGGACUGUCUAGAUUUUCUUCAUGAUACACUCUAGGUUAAACUGAUAAACUUACAAAGUUGUAGGCCACAGGUGAUUUCAAUAAACAGGGCUCCUAAACUGUAUCCAAGUUGUAGUUGUAGCUCUGUAUUACAACUUAACUGCACUGAAAUUGAAUGGAAAAGUCAGGAUGCACAGUCAACUUUACUGCUUCUGUUAUUUAAAUUGCUGUAGUUCUGGUGUUGUGUAACAUGUCUGUAGUUUUUUAAAAAAUGUGGUCUAUAUAAAAUCAUGCUGUACUUGAUGCAUCUGUCUUGCCAACAAGUCUUCGGAGUUAUUUGUGUUUUCUUAAUGCUAUUUUGUUUUUAUUACGCAUUUCUUAAGUAAAAGAGUUUAUAAAAUGAUAGGCAUCUUAAAUUUGUGUUUAACAGACAGAUUUCUGUCUUAAUUGUAAAUUGAUGAACAGUGUUAUCUUAGAAAAUAUAGCCUUGAGAAAUCUUGAAGUUUUGUUAUCUUUUUGGCAUUUUUACUUGGCAAAAGGAGACCUGCUGCUUACAUUACUGCCUUACAUAUUGUAGUUCUGUCUCAUUCUAAGUUCCCAAUCUUAGUUACAAUUUUCUAUGAAAUGUUGAAAUUCAGUAAACUUUUUUGAGGAAAGUAUCUAUAUAAGUACAGCUUUUAAACUGCUGUUGCUUCAUCUGGCCUCCAGUGAAGCCCCAAAGGACAUAACUAUGUUGGCAGCCAAGGACAGAAUGUGUUGUAGCUAGAACUAUGUAAUGUUUUUAUCACCUCUCUCCUACUUUUUACUAGUAUGGGCCAAUUAAUAACUUAUUUUUGUUCACAUACAUCAAACAUUUUUGAAUCCUGGGGUGUGUGAGGAGGUAUUGCUCAAUUUUGGCUGCCACACUAAUGGGUAAUAUAGUUCACACAGCUUAUCUGCAUCAGGACACAAUGGUCAUUUACAACAUUUAAAGAUCCCUCCAUUGGAUCUCUUUUGUGGUCAGGACAUUGUGUUUUCCCAAACCAAUGGAAAACCAUUUUCAAAUUCAUUAGAGCAACUUCACUAGAUCUCUGCAAAGGCCAGUGAAAAGAGACAUCCCUGGUGUAGGCUUUCUUCUGGCGAUAUAAGGAGCAAGAUUGCUUAUUACUGCUCCUUAGAUUGAAAUAUUUCAGUAUGCUAACUUGGUUAUCAUUGUAGUGAGUUUUUCUAAUUCAUGAAUACAUAUUUGGUAAUAUCUCCCAUUUGGGAGUUAGCAGCAGCACACAAGUCCUGGACAAAGAGAAUUUAUAGCGGCCAAGUGAAUUAAUAAUUGGAAAUUAGCUAUGGCAACUCCUGUAUCUAGUAGUUAUGCACAUUAGCAACAAGGUGAUGUAUUAAAUAAAUAGAAAUUAGAAAACUGAAAUAAACAAUUUUGGAGUGCUUUGGUGGUAAGUGACUCACUGGAAUACAGUGAGUCAAAUUCCUUUGACAACAUCACAUCUUCCCGUAAGUCCUACAGCCCCCCAUCCAUUUUGUAUAUUUAUUUUUAGACAGGAUACCUAAACCAUUUACCUAACUUGAAUAGGAGUGCAAUGUUUUAUGUGAAGGGAAAAUAAGGAAGAGGACUUGUGGGCAGGUAGAGAAAGGACUCUUGGAAGGAGGGGAAACAAGUUCCAUGUAUUGCCCUUCCCCUUGCCCCGCCCCACCCCAUUGCUGGCAUUUUGAUUGCAUUGAUAUUUAAUGUAGGUAAAUGAUAAAUGUAUAUCUAGAAGGCUAAAAGUUGAAUAAAAAUGUUAAUAGAAGAAAAAA